CAAGAGUCCUAUAAAUAAAGCAUUAUAGACAUCUUUUUUUUUCACAACAAAAUUAAUAGUAAGAAGAAUAAUAAAGAUGACAAAAGCUUUUAUGAUUUUUGUUCUUGUACUGGUACUAGCAACAUCGUUGUCCAACUCCAACGUUUUGGCCUCAUCGGUGAACAAUCGGUUUGGAUUUGAUAUUUGCAUAAAGCCAUGUUCAAUAUAUUUUCAAGAUCCAUUUUGCCAUAAAGUGUGUACACAAGAUAAAUAUUAUUCAGAUGGAGGAUGUAUAGUUGAGCUGAGAGAGAUCAGAGAGACAGAGAGAACGGAGAGAGUAAGCUUCUACCCGAUUAUAGAAAUGAUUCUCUUCCAAAAGAUCAAUCUUCGUAAACUCUUUGCCUCAAAGAAAUCCCAUAAAAUAUCUCCAGCCACCGUCUCAAAAUCAGCGGAGAAAAGACUCUGCAACGAAACUCUAGAAAAAGAUCACAUCCUCAUGGCGCAUGUUAGCUCACGGUUAGUUUCGCCGGUAAAUUUUUCCCGGUGGGAAGCCACCAUCAUCGGCCCGGCAAGUUGCCCUUUCGAAAACGGAGUCUUCGCCGUUGCCAUUCUCAUCCCCACGGAAUUUCCUUUUGAACCACCCAAAAUCAACUUCAAGACCAAGAUAUUUCAUCCAAAUAUAAACGAGAAUGGAGAAAUCAGUGUUGAUAUUUUGGGACCACGAUGGUCACCGGCGUUGACAAUCAAUUUGGUAUUACUGUCUAUAUGUUCGGUUUUGUCUGACCCGGUUGAACCAUUUUUGGUUGGUAAUCCUGCCGUUAGACUGUACAUGGAAGACCGGAAAGCUUACGAGAAAGUUGCGAGAGACUGGACCGUGAAAUAUGCAAAGGGCUGAUUAAUUGUUCUUACGUCGAUCUAUAGUGUAUAGUCUAUUGUUGAAGACUAUGACUUCUUUAUUUUCAUAUUUACGUCGAGUUAUGUGGUUCGUGUUUGCAUAGCGUGCUCUUCUUGCAUGCAUCCUGAGCUUUUCUUGCAUAAAUUACGAUACUUUGGAUCACAAGCCUAAGCUUGAUUAGUAAUAUAUCUUAUUACUUUUGCUUCGGUCUUAGAUGAAAAUGUUAUUUAUUUUAUUUUUAAGUUAAUUUACAC